AUGUGCUCUCAAUUCUUUCAGGAACGCGUGGAAGGACACAGCACCUCCAUUUAUCAAACUGAAGAUGUUUCUGGAAGAUGCUCAAACAAAGAAUGCACGAGGUCGGUUCCAGUACGACAGUCACCUAAUCCUAGUAUUACCACAAAGGAUCAUGAAGGAAAUCUAAGAACUAUUGGAAAUGAUUUAGCUUUCAGAACCAGCCAUGUUGAAAAGGAAUGUGAAAGGCUAUCUGUGUUUGUAACUCCGCACAAAGAGGUUCGUCACAUCAUGACAAACACUGCGACCAAGCUGGCGUAUUGUUACAUCCCAAAGUGCGGAUGCACCUUCUGGAAGCGAGUGAUCCGGUUUCUGAACAGGGACUAUGUGGGCAGGAACGUAACUUCGCCCUUCCAUAUCCGCAGGUUAGACGUCCACAGAGGUUCCUACUACAAUCCUGACACCUUCAUGUCCUUCAACAUGUACAGAAACAUUUCAAAGAGAUUCAACAGUUUUAUGUUUGUACGUGAACCGUAUGCUAGGCUGUGGUCGGCUUAUGUGGACAAAUUUUAUUUGCCCGAUUUUUGGGGCAAUUUUCAAGCUAACCUUCGAACCAGACGACAUCCAUCUAAAGCAUCAAAAUGUGUAAGUGACGUCACCUUUCAGGAGUUUGUUAACCUCACUUUGGAAACCAGCGAGCCCCAUUGGGACCCCAUGCACCAAGUGUGUGACCCCUGCACAUUCCAGCCUUCUGCGGUUGGAAGGGUUGAAUCUUUUGCCUCAGAUUCCCAAUACAUUCUCCACAGGGCCAAUCUGUCUUGGAUGCUGGAAGGUUAUAACCAUGAUGCACACGUACAAGAAGAGCUGACCACUUUGAUUACUUAUAACAUUCAGCUUCUGGCUGUUAAGCCCUACACAUGGAAAUGCAUAUCGAAAGUGGAGCUGUUUCUACGUCUUUGGAAGGCCUUCCAGAUUAACGGCUACCUUCCAGAAUACGUGAAACCACCCCCACUUUUCAAGACUACGACAAUUGCCGAGUUUACCAAAAUUGUCCUCGAUCAGUACCGAAGUCGACCGAACACACCCGAGUUGUGGCGAAAACAGCGGAAGCGGUUCAUGAUUGACGCGUACAAGACACUAUCAGCUCAAGCUUUGCACGCACUCAGGAUGAAGUACGUUCGUGAUUUUAUUUUGUUCAACUACAACCCUCAACCAGAUGAGAUAUUUGGUAACAGGCAUUGAUUAAUGUAAUACAUUUUGCAUUUUAAUCCUGUGUGUUCGGUCGAAAUAAAAAUGAUCCAACGGCA